GAGCCGGGGCCCGGCCGCCCCCUGCCCCCUGCCGCUGACCCGCGAGCCCCGGAGGGGACCAUGCAGCUGGAGAUCAAAGUGGCCCUGCACUUCAUCAUCUCCUACCUGUACAACAAGCUGCCCCGCCGCCGCGCCGACCUGUUCGGGGAGGAGCUCGAGCGCCUCCUGAAGAAGAAGUACGAGGGCCACUGGUACCCGGACCGGCCCCUCAAGGGCUCGGGCUUCCGCUGCGUGCACAUCGGGGAGCUGGUGGACCCCGUGGUGGAGCUGGCGGCCCGGCGGAGCGGCCUGGCGGCCGAGGACGUGCGCGCCAACGUGCCCGAGGAGCUGAGCGUCUGGAUCGACCCCUUCGAGGUGUCCUACCAGAUCGGGGAGAAGGGCGCCGUCAAGGUGCUGUACGUGGGCGACGGGCCCGGGGGCGGCGGCGGCGGCGGGGAGGGCGGCGGGGCCGGCGGCGGCGGCGGGGCCCCGGAGCCGGACAAGGAGGCCCGCAGCAGCUUCAACCCCGACGCCCAGGUGUUCGUGCCCAUCGGCAGCCAGAGCCGCUCCCUGACCAGCUCCCCGUCGCCGCCCUUCGGCCGCUCCCCGAGCCCCACCUUCCUGCCCCGCGCCUCCCAGCCCCUCACCUUCACCACCGCCUCCUUCGCCGCCACCAAGUUCGGCUCCACCAAGAUGAAGAAGGGCGGGGCCGGGGGCGGGGCCUCCGCCGGAGGGGGCGGGGUCGGGGGCGGGGCCGGCGGCACGCAGCCCGCGCCGCCCCAGCCUGCCCCGCGCGCCGCCGCCGCCGCCGCCUCCGCGGCGCGCUCGCCCCCCGCCAGCCCGCCCAAGCCCCAGGGCCUCGCCCUGUCGGUGCACCCGCUGAGCCUCCUCGCGGCCGGCGCCGCCCCGCAGUCCCAGCUCUCGCCCAACGCCAAGGAGUUCGUCUACAGCGGCGGCCGCGGCGGCUCCUCCUCGCCCGGCCUCCUCUUCGACGGGGCGGCCGGCGGCACCGGCACCGGCGGCGGCUUCGACGUGGCCCAGGUGCUCGGAGGCGGCGGCGGCGGCGGCGGCAACGCCAACAGCCUCUUCCUGGAGAAGACGCCCUUCGUGGAAGGCCUCAGCUACAACCUGAACAGCAUGCAGUACCCCAGCCAGCCAUUCCAGCCCGUGGUGCUGGCCAACUGACACCGCACGCACGCACGCACGCGCACGCACGUGUGUCCCCAUCGGAUCGGGCCCCCGCGCCGGACCACACGGGAAGCUUCGAGAAGGGCUCCAGAGCGCCCCCACUCCGCCUCGGGGUUCCACCCCCACCCACCCACCACCGCCUGACGGUUUCCUGCCGGCCUCUGGUUUCCUUGGUCGAUUCAGGUUUUGCAUUUUUCUCCCCCCCCCCAUAGUUGUCCUGUAAUCAGUGGCUUCCUGUGCUAAGAACGGUGGGCGUGUGGCCGCUCCCUCCCUCCCUCCUUCCUGCACACCCCUGCGGUGAUCAGUGUGUUCCAGCCCCCAGGGCAGGGAGGGAGAAGCUGUCUUCGCUUCCCCCCCCCCCCCCCCCCCCCCCCGUCGUCGUCGUCUCGGGGCCACUGGACACCAUCCCCCCCGAAAGCUGAUGUCCCUCCAGGCAGGCAGGGAAGGUGGCACUUGGUCUCCUGGAGAUCCUCUCAUCCCACCAUUCCCUCCUGGCCCUGGAGAUGCGCCUGUUGAUGCACGCCGAGGCUGCGGGGUGGGCGUGGGGGGUCGAGUGUGUGUCUGUGUGUGUUUGCUCUCCCGUGCGUGCGCGUGCUAAAGGAUCCCCCGCCACGUGGGCUUCCCCUCUGGAUGUGACUACAAAGCGGGGGGCCUGGGUCGGGGUGAGGUGUCAGCCCCCCUCACCGCCCCCCCCUGCCCCCCCCCCCCCCCCGCAGGGCUGGCCAGGUGGCGGGGUGAUUGUGUGCCUGAGCCCAAGACACUCCCAGGAGAAACACUGCAAUAGCAACUGCUGUCCACGCUGCAGAGAGAUCUGCACUUUGGUUUGUUUUUGACCAAAAAAAAAAUUUUUUUUAAAGUCUGCUCUGUGGGGUGGGAGAAUAAAUACCCCAGCCUCCAGGGACUCCACUGACCCUGUCAUGUGACUUGGGGGGGGGCUGCCCAGGGAGGCGGGGCUGGAGUGCCGAGGGGUGCCUGGUGUGCAGCGAGUGGCCGUUGCACACACUUGUGUCCUGCCCAAGAGCUUCUGACUUGCCGCCCCAUCUCGGGGCUUUGACCCUGUGAGUCCUGGUCUCCUUGUGGCCCUGGAGUACAGCAGUGCCCUCCUUCCCCUGCCACUGUAUAAGUGGGAGGGCUUUUCUCCGACCCAAAAGCAGCUCCAAACCACGAUGCUUUGGCCUGGGCACUUAGCACCAGGACCCAUCACCAGACAGCACCAAGAUCCUCGGCACCCCCCACCCCACGCCCACCCCCAGGGGCCCCAAGUGGAAAGUUCCGUUCCAGUGGCUAGGGCCCAGACAGACAUUGCCAGCCUCCUGUCCCUGCGGCGGACACCAGCACUACCUCCCCAGCGGGGCAGAGCCUGCUCCCGGCCGGGCACCAUCUGCCCCCCUCAGCCUCAGGGCCAGGCCAGCCCGCCCCCUCCCUUAGCCUUGGCUGACUCCCAGGUGACAGGCCCCAGGCAGAUGGCUUCUCUCUGGGACAGGUAGGGUGCUGCCUUAUCCCCUCCUCCCGUCCCCUACACACCCACCCCACCGCACCUGGGGGGAGCCGAGCCCCUUUGCAUGACUCCAGCCCGGCCUCCGUGCCCGGUCCAGUCUGUCUUGUCUCAAAUCUAGGCAUUUUUGCUUCAACUUUAUUUUUUUUUUUAAAGAAAAAACAACAACACAACUCUGCACUACAAUUUACCUGGUUUCGUAGGGCUUUUUUUUAUUUUCUACAUUUCUUGGUGUCCGUUUGUAUUGAUAAUUUGCUACAUUUGUAAAAUGUAAGAGGUAUAUAUAAUAUAUGUAUAUUUCUAACGUAAGAAACGUAAUUUUUUUUCUUUUCAAGAUUUUUUCUUAAAAAGGAGAUGAACCGAUAUUUUUUCAGGAAAAACAAACUUUAAAAUAAAAAAAAGAGGAGAAUAGAAUCAUUUUCUCCCCUUUUCCUAUCCUCUGUGUCUGUUCUUCCCCAGGAGCAAGUGUGUUAUUUUGUAAAGAAAUGUUACUGCUGUGGGUUCCGAAUGGUGGCUUUUCUGCAGUGCAGAAUGCUCUAGAUCCUUGAGUCUCUUCCGGGGUGGGAAGGGGGGUAUUGAGGCAGCCGCAGAGAGGAGCUGGGGAGGGGGGCUGGGAAAUGACCUGUUUUUCUUUAGUGAAGGAGGAAUACAAUCCCACGUUUUGUAUUCAGAAUGUUGUGCAAUAUUUUGGAAUGGGACAUUGGUGUGCGUAGAGAUUUAAAAAACACAAAAAGAUUGAUCAAAUCUGUACAGUUUAUAUUGUUCCAGAUUUUUUUAAGUUUGUAUUAAAAGCAUGAUAUAUAAUAGC